UUUUCGCACAAAAGCCCCUCACAAUCCUCCCAAAUCCGCCUCCACUCCUCGCUCAAGAACCCCCCGCCUUUGCAUGGGCAAGCGCCUGCAGGCCGCCGCCGUAGCCGCCGCCGCGGUCCGCUCCUACGCCCGCAGCCUCCGCUCCCCCUCCUCCGCCGCCGGGAAGGUAGCGAAUACGCCGCCCGCCCCGCUGGAUACGCCCAGGAACUCCGCCGCCGCCGCCGCUGCGGCGGCCAGCUCCGGGCGCGCCGAGGUGCGUGAUUUGGCGGCGGCGUGCGGGCUCCAGGAGGACGAGAGGGUGCCGCUCGCGGAGGUGGUGUCGGACUGCACGAGGCGGUGGUUCCAGGACGCGCUCAAGGAGGCGCGCGCCGGCGACGCCAGCAUGCAGGUGCUUGUCGGCCAGAUGUACCGCAGUGGAUACGGCGUCAACAAGAACGAGCACAAGGCAAGAGUUUGGAUGGAGAAAGCAUCAAGAUAUCGAUCUACAGUCUGGAAAGUUAGCAAUAAACGCCCAGGUUACAAUGCUAGUGACUCGGACUCAGCUUCUUGAUAGUUAUUAAUCCAUUUAUUGGGGUGACUCCAAAACCAGUGAAGCAACACAAACUACUGCUUGAAGCUUCAGAUAUGCAGUUCUGUUGAAGAAUCCGUGCGUUGUCCCUGAUACUUAUCAUGCUCGUUAGAUAUUAAUGUGGUGUUUUUGGUUUCUAUCUUUUCUUUUUCUUUUUUUUUCACUACACUGUAUUGUGUCAAAUCUGCUUGUCAUAUGAAAUGUACAAUUCUCAGAAUGGGUUUACACUGAACAUACCACGAGCAGGAUAUUCUAUUGCAUGUCUUGCCACUAGUACAUGUGCAUCAUCAGAGAUAUUGAUCAUAUUCAAAUAUACCGGAAUUUUGAAUUGACUUGUGGCUAAA